AUGGACUGCAACAAGGAUGAGGCUUUGAGGGCUUGGAAAAUUGCUGAGGCUAGAAUGCAAAGAGGUGAAUUUUUAGAGGCUCUCAAGUUUGCUUCCAAGGCCAAAAACCUGUAUGCUGAUGUGGGAAACAUUAGCCAUGUUCUUACUAUUUGUGAGGUUCACAAUGCUGCACAGAAACAACUUUCUCCCUCUGACAUGGACUGGUAUGCGAUUCUUCAGAUAGAAAGAUUGGCGGAUGAAACAGCCAUAAAGAAACAGUACAAGAGGCUUGCACUCCUACUUCAUCCUGAUAAGAAUAAGUUUGCUGGAGCCGAAGCUGCUUUCAAAUUGAUUGUGCAAGCCAACGGGGUUUUGAGUGACCAAGCAAAACGUUCUUUGUAUGACAAGAAGUUUGCAGUCCCUGUGAGAGGUUCUGUGCCGAAAUCCACCCAUUCCAAGAAAAAAGUUGGACAGAAGACAUUCUGGACAUGUUGCCAACAUUGUAAAACUAAGCACCAGUAUUGCAUGCCAUUUGGGAAUGCAACCAUACGCUGUAAGCAAUGUUUGAAGACCUUUAAAGCUCGUGCUAUUCCUUUGGAAAAUACCCAGAAAGAGUCUCCAAUGCAUGGUCCCCCAAGACCAGAGAGUACUGGUGGAAAAUCCCCUGGUGGAGGAGAACAUGCUAGUACGUUUGUGAGGCCAAAUCCUAUGCAUAUGAAAAAAUGUUCUUCUGGCGUGGGUGGUCAUUCUGAAGGUGAAGGUGAAAAGUGUAAAGAUGGCUAUGUUUCUGCAUCCACAGGUAUGGAGUCACAAACCUCUAAAAAUGUUGGAGGUAAAAGAGUUAGGCAGUCAGCACCAGAUUUGAGAGAAAGUUUCAAAGCUGAUAAAUGUGAUGAAAUGAAAGAUGCUUAUGUUCGGGAAAAUGAUCUUGAUCCUUCAAGACUUGAUACAGGUAGGUAUUGUAAACAAAAGCAACAUGUUUAA